AUGGCUAAUCGAGGUACUCGAAAAUCUGUGGCAUUUCGAGAUGAAGGUCCUGAAGGUAUCUGGUGCAAAUAUUGCAGCAAAGUGUAUGAUGAUCCAAAACUGUUGCCUUGUUUACAUACGUUUUGUAAACGAUGUAUUGGCUUAAUUACCGAGGAAAAUGGUGACUCUUUGUUCUGUCCUAUAUGCCGUUCGGAGGUUGCCCUACCGUCGAAAAAUGUCGAAGAUUUAAAAUCGAAUGUUAUUGUUCUAAGAAAACUCGAAGAAUUUGACAGGCAAAAGUUACGACAACGAGAAGAAGACUGUAGUGGUUGCGAAAAUGGUCGCAAUAUAGCAGCUAAUAGGUGCUUACAAUGCCAAGAAUUUCUCUGUGGAGAUUGCACCCUGGCUCAUCGCAGAGUGAAGUUUACUCGAGAACAUGAAAUCUUGUCUCUUGAAGAGUUUGUAGAUCGAACGAAUCCUAAGGACGAUUCGUCAUUUAUGACUUGCGCUAAUCACAACACUGAGGAUAUAGAUAUGUAUUGUAAGACUUGUGAUUUAUUGACGUGUAAGGAGUGUAGAAGGACUGUCGAUCACGAAGGACAUGAAAUUGUCUCUUUACAAAAUGGAGUGGAUUCCACUAAACCAACACUUUUGUCGUUACUGGAUGCAACACAAAAAAAUAUUCCUACUCUUCAGAGGUCGGUGUACGAAAUUAUUAAGGUAUACGGUCGGUGGCAAAACAAAAUCGAUGACAUCUCGUGGCAAAUUCGAAGAACGUCUCGUCGCCUUAUUCAAGCUAUAAAAGAGAGGGAGCAUCAGUUGUUAAAAGAGCUAAACACCAUUAAAGAUAACCGAUGUUCGGUUUUAGUGAAACAGAAGGAAGAAAUUGAAAGAAACCUUGUUUGCACCAUCGACGGGUGUGAUUUUUCCGAAGAGAUUCUCAAACAGGGAAGGGAUGCGGACAUACUGAUGGUAAACAAUUUGAUUUGUCAAAGACUUUGCGAAUUGCAAGAGAUUAAGACAGAUGGAGAUUUGAGCAGUGUCAAAAUAGGGUUUGAUCCUGACGAGAGGCCUAUUUUAGAAGCUAUUAAAGACGCUUUUGGCUCGAUAAGUGUGGGACACGAACCACCCGAACAAGCUAACGAGGACCAAAUACAGUUAAAAGGAUCAUUGCCUAAUGGUGGAAGCUCCGUCUCAUUUGCGUCCGUCGAAGAUGAAGAAGCUAGUGCCGGUUCUCUCUCCUCAGAAUCGCAAGAGUCUAGGACUGGUACGAGAUUGGCUGCGAGUGUGCCCUCUUUAAAUGAUCCAAAUUCCUCCAAAAAGGCAAAGGGUCGCCGUUUUAGUUUUCCUGCCUUAACUAUUGGCAAAAAGGCAAGUGAACCUGUUGGCAAACUAACACCAACGGAAUUCGUGAUUCCGACGACUGACAGCCGAGGUCGUCCGAGAGAAGUCGCCGUUCAGCUCGAGUCGCCCGACGGUAGUGUCAUUUCUGCUCAGGUCCUGGACAACAAAAACGGAACCUAUUCAAUAUUUUACUGUCCCCGGUCUCCUGGGGAUCAUAAUCUGUUCGUAAGCUUGACUAGCAAACACAUUAAGCACGGUAGACGUAUUCUUAAUUUCUACGGUUCAUUUUCCGGGUUAAAAAGCGAGGAGUUAAGCCUAGUUUGUAAAACAUUGUGUUUGAUUAAAUGGCACGUGACUCCUGGGAUGGUCGAAGUGAAAGAUGGAAAGAAAAGGCCUGGUGAAAUUGGCUUCAAAGAAGUCGGUCAGUCAGAGGCUUAA